UGGUGUAUAAAUAUGGACACAUGGCAUCAAGUGACUACUCUCUUUCGUAUGACGUGGUGAGGAACAUCAAUUAUGGCUGUGAGAAAAUUUACAAUCGCUGGAGUACAACUUGGCCCAAUCCAAAAGGCUACACCUAAAUCCGAAACUGUUGCCAGACUGACUGGUUUGUUGAAACAAGCUGCUGAAAAGGGUGCUAAACUUGCAGUGUUUCCAGAACUCGCACUGACAUCUUUCUUCCCAAGAUGGCUGAUUGAGUCCCAGGAGGAGAUUGACAGUUAUUUUGAGAAAGGUGAUAUCACGAAGAAUGAGGUUGUCAAACCUCUUUUCGAUGCGGCAAAGGAGCAUGGAAUCGGGUUUGUUCUUGGUUACGCCGCGUUGACUGACGAUGGCCAUCAUUUCAAUACCUACAUCCUGGUUGAUAACAAGGGCCAAUUGGUUCAGAAGUACAGAAAGGCGCACUUGCCUGGGUUCGUUGAACCUACAGAAGGUAUCGCAUUCCAACAAUUGGAGAAGAGAUACUUCGAGUACGGUGAUUUGGGGUUCCCGGCUUACAAAUCUGAUCCAGAAUGGCUCGAUGCAACUAUGGGAAUGCUCAUCUGUAAUGACAGAAGAUGGCCUGAGGCUUGGAGAUGUUACGCUCUUCAAGGUAUGGAUCUAUGCCUUAACGGUUACAACACCACUAGUAAUGGCACUGCGCUUUUCGGCUCCAAAGAGAACAAAGAGCUGAGAAUGCACCAUUCUGAUUUGUCAACCACUGCCAAUGCCUAUUUCAACUCCUGCUUUGCCGUCUCAGUGGCCAAAUGCGGCAUGGAAGACGACCAAGAACUUAUUGCUGGAUCGCUCAUCGUUGAUCCAAAUGGUGUUGUCAUUGCAAAGGCCAAAACAGAGGACGACGAAUUGCUCGUCUGUGAGAUUGACUUGGACGAAGCAGUUAAUGGUAAGAAGAAAAUGUUUGACUUCUCUAGACAUAGACGCCCAGAGUUAUAUAGUAGAUUGGUUGAACAGAAGGGCUCCAUUGAUACUCCCUACGUUCCAUACAGCGCGUAAAUGCAUGUUCCUUUGAC